ACCAACAGGGCCGCGAGAGGCGGCGGCGGGGUGAUCCCGGCGGGGGAGACGCGGGCCCCUGCCCAGCCCGCGUGGUGCCGGAAGGGCCCGAGCUCAGGCGGCCAGCCUCCUCCUGCCUCCGGUUACCGCCCCCCCAGCUGCUCUCUGGGGCAGCUCCGCGGAGGUGAGAGCGGCGCCGGUCCGUGCAGCCCUCCCGCGCCAGGGCAGCGCCGCGCGCGAAGCGGUCGAGCGCCCCGCGGGGAGCGCGUUAGCCUGCGCCGCAGACACCCAGGCGGGCCGUGCCGGUGCGCAGCGCUGUCCCAGCGGGUGCACGCGGCCGGGCAAGCCCACCCAAAACAACGGAAACUGCCUUUUAGGUCAAAAACGUAAAUGAUUAAUUAAGCCCGUCCUUUCCAGUACAGCGUAACUGGCAGGCGUGGUAAGGUAAGUGCGAGCCGCGUUAGGAGAAGCGGCUGUGAUUAAAGCUCCGACGGCUACGAAGUCCGGCGAGCGGCCCUGAGCGCCUGGCGGGUCCGCAGCCGGGAGGUCGACGGCAGAGGAAGGAGGUGCCUCCGGGGAGGGGAUCGCCGGAGGGAACGGCACGGCGGAGGAGCACGUCAGACGCGAGGGCAGCCUGGGCCGGGGGAGGGCCAGGGCCCGCUGGAGCCCUGGAGUCUUACUUAACGAAUGUUGAGAGAAUCUGCAGCGGGCGACAUUAACCCGCAAGCGGUUAGAGAAGGCGAGUAAGGGGCCUGGACACUGUUCUCGAGCCGCUGCAGGAGCCCAGGAGAAACCUCGCUGACCCGUAGCAACAGCGGCAGAGGGGUAGGUCAGCGAGGGACGCGGCGCGGGGCGGCCCUGCCAGAGCGGAUGGGCAGGCGGGCACGGCCGCAGCCGCACAGGCUCCGUGGCAGGCGGCCUCGCUGCCGUGCCCGGCCCAGGCGAACGCGCCAGCGUCGGGUGCAAAGGGAAUCAGCGAAGGAGCUCGUGUGAGCGCAGGCAGGGCGGCCGCGACGACCUCGGAGCUGGCACUAAGUGUUAAGAGCGGGUGGAGGACCCGGGUGAAACAGUUCCGAAGUAUUUCCUUGCUUCUCGUAAAUGCACUGCCCCGAAACUUGGCCGCUUCGCUCCACCCAGUUUUUUAGUAACAUACGUAAGUAGCAACAACAAACGUAAGGCUGCAGUGACUGCAGUUGCUCAGAAGCCGAGAGAGGUGGCGGUGUGAUGCCCGGCUGUCACCUUGACUGGCCCACAGGACCCUCAGGGUGCUGGUGAAACACGGCUGGGGGGCGAGCUUGGCAUCUGCAUCUAGACUGAGCGAAACGGACCCUCAGGGCAGCAGGCCGUCCAGGCCGGAAGGAAACCAGGCAGCUGCUCCUCUUGAGCUAAGCGUGUGGUCUCCCGCCACCGAUUUCAGCGCUCUUCUCGGGCCCUGAGACAGCCACGGGCUCCCCAUCGUGGCCUCUGCACUAAACUUCUACCGCUGGCUCUCCCCCGCUGCAGAUGACAGGACUCCUGGCCCUCCUAACGGUGUGAGCCAGGGCUUCCUAAGACACAGGCAGAGGAGCGGGUAUUUGUGAACACUUGUUUCAGUGUACUUUGCCUUAUUUAAAUGUUGACAUGUGAACUCA